AUGCAAAUUAUAGCGCCUGAUAAUAUUGAAGAGCAAACACGCAUCAAUGCAUGUACACAAAAUGUCAGUCCCUACUAGCGCCAAUACAUGACACGACAUACCUAAUUGAAUCUUAUGUACUUGCUUAUUUUUUAUUUAAACAAGUUAAUCGCGUUAAUUAUUUACAACAAGUUAAUAUAUGAAAAACCCCUUAAAAAUGUAUGUUUAGACUAUUUGUCAAAAAAGAAACAGUUUAUAACCGGUUAACCGGUUUUAGGAUAUUAUUUUCGGUUAACACCCGGUUUUCAAUUAAUCCCGGAUAUGAAUUUCCUAUCUGUGACACUGUUUCAAAAGUUAAAUAGAAGAGUAAAGACACAGGUCAGGAGAUUUCUUCCCUGCCUGCGUAGCAUAGUUCAACCAAAACUCAUUUGAAAAAUUCUUAGAAAUCUAAUUUGCAAUAUUGCCAAUGCCACGCGCAGCAUAAUAUAUGUGUGAUUAUAUGACAUUAAAUAUACAUACACUGAAUACCUAAUCUAUCACCAUCAUCAUAUAUAUCGCUAUCUAUCAUCUAUUAACUCUGAAGUUAGUCCAGUCCAGGCCGGGCUAUCAGCCACCACAUGCCGUCUACAUUAGUGUACCUAUUCACUCUCGCCAGUACGUUCGGAUCGGUUGCCGCUCACACACUUCACUCCACCUACAUCAAUUUCAAGAAGCGGGGGAAAUCCAACGACAUAUGACUCUCAAGGAAAAAUAAGACAUAAAACGAAGAGAACAGUCGUUUGUUUUUACAGCGAAGCGCUUUGUUAUUACUAGAGUGAAGCGUUUGAUGAAAACGAAGAUAAGUCGUUUUUGUAAAUAUCCUAAAGUAUCAAAGUAGAUAACAGUGCGCAGUGCUAUAAAUUUCUGUGAUGUGUGAUUUGUGUGCAUAGCGAUGUGGUACAUACUAGGAUUGUUAGCUCUCCUGGCGAGUGUUAGAGCUGGGCUAGUACCUCGGGUGCCCCGGGACACUCAUCUUCAGUACCCUGUCUGCCACCCGUCCUCCGUCCAGUGUAAUGAAAUACAUCAUUUUAAAAACGAAAACGUAUACAAAGUUAACGGUCAUGAGCUAAUCAUAGACUUUCUGGAUGGAAUUUAUUUUAAAAUGCGGUGCGAUAGUGAAAGCAAAUAUUCCUCGAUGUUAUUGGAUGACCCCGAAAUGCCUGCUUUCUCAUGGCCAGUGACAGUAGAAGUAGCAUCACUCAACCAGUGCCUGAUUCCUCAAGAUACAUACUACGCUGCUCUGAAAGCGUUUAAUGUCACUGUUACGAAAACACUGAGGCUGAGGUUGCCCGCAGAUUCUAAGCUGGAGGUUCAUCACUUGAGGGGUCUACAAAUAAUCAACCUCGAGAUUAGUGCAGUGCAUUCUUUAAAACCGCCGCGCCCUUCUUUUAACUUCCUAGAUGAGGUAGCGGGACUGCGGAUACUGAAACUUACUGAUAUUGUUCCGGAGCCAGAAGCUCUUAACCGAUUGCCGACAUCGCUUGAGAUCCUUAAAAUUAUAAAUGCGAGAUUGCCUGCUGCAGAGCGCGUGCUUCGGAACGACAACAACAAUACCCGACAUUGGCUCGAGCGCCUACACUCACUGCAAUAUCUACUUCUAUCAGACUCCUCAGCGAUUGUAAAAAACUAUUCAGGAAAUAUAUUUACGCUGCCGCAACUAUCCUCGCUGCCCAACCUGGUUAGCAUGAGUCUAUACUACAUGCCAUUGCAAUCAAAGAGGCUUAAUAAUUGGCUUACAAACUCGACACUAAAAUAUCUUACACUGCAAUCCUGUGAAUUGACAGAGCUUCCAAAAUCCAUGUUCAAAGGAGCACAUCUAACUAACAUUACGGUCGCCUACAACAAACUUGAAUCUUUACCAUUAGGGCUGUUCACUCCGCUAAAGGACAGCUUGCAAGAGCUUGACUUAUCGCACAACAAGUUAGACAAAGCGACGAUCGUGAAUUCGGUGAAGCAGUUGGAGAAGCUGGUGACCUUGAAGGCCAACAAUAACCCUUUGGGAUCGCUGUGUGGAGAUACCAAUAUCAUUAAAGCUUCCCGAUCAUCAAAGUUGCCCUCGUCGCUACGCCGGCUUGAGUUGAAGAACACUGGCGCAACACGUAUCUGUUCUGAUUGGAUCAGUAAUGUGUUUGGACUUAUGGACAUCGACCUUAGUAACAACCAUAUUACUGAAAUCACGCGCGCACCAGUCGAGCUAGAACUUGAUAAGUUGCCGUGUGAUUGCAAUGCGUACUGGCUACGUGAGGUUCUGCGCAGUUGUUCGCUUCUAAAGUUAAAAGAAGACGUCGAAUGUUUGCCAGAUCCCACACCCCUCCACACCAAGCUCCUGCAAUAUCGUCCUGACGAAAUUUCCUGUCCGUACACCGGUGAAUGCUUACCAGAGUGUUCGUGCAAAAACCGGCCGCGCGACAACGCAACAGUAGUGUUCUGCACCGGCGCUCUGCCGCAGGGUCGUCCCUGGCCACUACUAGCGACCCCUGACUUCCCGUUAGCGUUGCAUGUAGCACCGGGAACGCUGGCCGCCGUACCAAAUAUCACACUUGUGGAGUUGCACGCACCCAACAACAACAUCACCAAGCUGGCCGAUGAAGAUAUACCUUCUACCAUACGAGUGCUAGACGUGCGUAACAACAACAUUUCGCAUAUCUCACUGAACGCGGCGAAGCGUCUUGCCCGAAUUAAAAAUGUCUCAGUGUAUCUCUCCGGAAACCCUCUUGCCUGCAAAUGCAACGACGUACCUGCCUUCAGUCAUCUGAACUUAGUGGGAGACGGAGAUUGGAAUUCAACACAAUGCGUCGACAUGAGUUUAGCUUCAGGAAAAACCGAACGUGAUCUCUGUCCUAGUCCACUACCGAAAGUUUUCGCCGUUGUCUUCCCAUUACUACUGAUAGCGAUCGCAGGUCUAACAGUUUACCUUAUGUUGCCACGUAUCAAGCAGUUUAUGUUUAGAUACGAUCUGUGGUCUAACUGGAUUCUUAGGGAGUGUGAUGAUACCAAUGACCCGGAAAAAACAGAAGAUGCGUUCCUUUCAUAUGCUAUUGGAGACUUAAAACUACUUAAAGAAUUAAAAUAUGGGUUAGAAAAGCUCGGAUAUUCUACAAUAGAACACCAAAGUGAUUGGCAGCCAGGUGACUCUGUGUUAGAGCAGAUUGAGACAUCGGUGCGAAAAGCUCGUCGUACAAUUCUCCUUGUCACCGAUAACUUCGCUGAAUCUGAAUGGACUCCGUUGGAGUUUCGUAUUGCCCACCAUCAUGCAUUAAAGACUCGAACCAAGCGGGUGCUGAUCAUUUAUUGCGGAUUAAAGAAACUGAAAAUGUUGCCAUUGGAUUUACAAAUUUAUUUACAAAACCACACUUACUUAGAAUGGGAUGACCCUAAAUUUUGGCUCAAGCUUCGCCGAUUCAUGCCACCGCCGCGUCAAGAAUUUGUGCAAUCAAGACCCGAAGAUUUAAAUCCACCUUCGCCGUUAAUGCAACAAAAUUUUCCGCUUCUCGAGCAGAUCCCACAGAAGCCUCAACUGGCAGUACCGGUACUUUCUAAUAAUACCGUCCCUUCUGCCUGUUAAGGUUUAGGCAUUUAAUGAUAAACCAUUACCUAUAUAUUAGAGAUAUAUUGGUGGAGACUCGAAAAUAGACAUAUACUUGUGUACUCGAAUACAUAAGAGCGUAAACCGUAGUGGAACAAAAUUGCUCCACUCCAUUAUUGCGGUUAUCGUCCUUAUUCUCACGAGUCUACCCCUAACUUAUGGCUGUUAUUACUGCGCGCCGAUUCUAGGGUGUAAAAACUGUGUAUGCCCGAGAUCAUAAUUCAUAUCAUAAUCAAUUCCUUGGAACCAAUACGCUGUCUGUAGUUAUGUUACUGUAGGUAUUAUAUGGACAAAAAAUCCUAAUGCUAUUGCGUCUGUAAGCAAUGUCGUUUUAUCAACCACGGGUCCCUUAAGUGUUACUUAUAUAAGUAAAACCAUUUAAACAAAUAACCUAAUUCGGCCCUAGUUUUUAUGAAAUUAAAACUUAGUAUCUUUUUGUGAAAAAUCUCUAACUUUGUAAAAUUUCAAUAUUUUUUUAUCUCGAAUAUUAAAUGAUAAUUAAA